CCAUGACGUUAUCUCUUUGGUAUCAGCAUGCUCAUCAAUUUGAGAGUUUUUCGGAAAAUAUGACAUUACAAUCAUUUUCAAUUUUAGUAUUCGGACGAGAGUUUCAUUUUUUAAGCAUGCACUUCAUAGAUGAUAUGUAUAUUGUCGAUGAAUUCGAUGCCUUUGUUAUACCAGAUUCUGGUAUGAAUUUUUCGCAAAUCGGAAUAAUUAUUGAAAUAGUAAAAAAGUUCAAAAUACGACUGAUAAAGUAUUAUCGUCAACUUACCCAAAGGCCACGUAGGGUGACUCGAUUUCCAAAGCCAGGAUUACCAAAUGAUUCACAGUUAAAACUCAAAAGAAAUCAAAACACUUUUUCUUCCGAUAAAACAAAUGAUUUAGAUGAAGAAUUCUGA